CUCCACAAGAAUCAGACUCAAACAACAACUUCACAACUUUGAUCUGAAAUGAGUUUUCAAAAGGGUGUCGUCGUGUUUCUUCCAAUCCUUCUUUCAUUAGUGUUGCUACAUCACCUUUUUCUCACUUCUGUCGUAAGUGCUCAAAGUGAAAAUCUCACACGUCGCCUGCUUUCUAUAGAAGAUGAUGAAUUUGAUACUGAAGCACAGUGUCCGGCAGAUACUCAAACUGAGAACGCAUUACAAACCGAUGCAGAAAUACAAAAGACUCAAAGUGAACUUCACACUUCUUUAUUGCUAUCACCAAGUCAAAGUCAGAAGAAUGCACCAAACGAUUCCAAUAUUGAAGUAAACAGUAUUAUCAGUGAUCCUUACAUUCCUCCAUUUCCACCAACAAUUCAAAUGGAGAGCGAUGUGUCCAUCAAUUCCAAUCUUGAAGUCAAUUCCAAUCCUGAAGUGCAAAGGACUAAGGAAUCUGCAUCCAACGAUAGAGUGCUCCACGAUGAACUUUAAUAUAAAUAUUACUGUUCUUAUCAAAUAUUUGACGGAGGUGGAUGAAAAAUUUUCUAUAGCCAAAGCAUUUAUUUUAGUAUUAAAUACAAAGGUGCAGCGUCACUCAUGUGGGAGAAGUGUGUAUUUAUUUUUUAUUAAUAUUUAAAUAAUUUUUUAAUAAGGGUAAUUUUUUAUCUACCA